AUGGCUCCACACGCAAUCACGAUAGAGGCCACAGGCGAUAGGCACGAGUUUGACGUUGAGGACUGGGUUCACACCUCUACCAGCAAUGAUCUGCCAUACAGACAUCCCAGUACCGGCAUCGAUAUUCUCGUUGUUGGCGCUGGCAUGGGUGGUCUAACGACAGCACUGGAAUGUUGGCGGAAAGGACACAACGUCGUGGGGAUCCUAGAACGCAAUGAAGGCCCCCUUUACUCUGGAGAUAUCAUCGUCAUGUUGCCCUCAGCAGUUUCGGUGAUGAGACAUUGGCCUGCCAUGCAACGCGACAUGGACAACGAGCAAGUCGACGCGGCUGUGAGCUAUGAGACGCACCGUGGCGAACACAUCUACGGUCCCACGGUACUCUCGUACAAUGACCCCGAGCACCGAAAAGAGCGCGAAGAGAAAGGCCACCGUCCGUUUGUUGCACCCGCACAAAUUCGCAGCAAGUUCUAUCGCAUGCUAUUGCGGCAGGUUGCUCGUCUAGGCUUCACUGUUGAAUACGGCAAGGCGGUUCGCGAAUACUUUGAGGACGAGAAGAGCGGAAAGGGAGGAGUGAUACUCCAAGACGGACUGGUGCGGCUAGCAGACAUAGUAGUUGCGGCCGACGGGCUGAGGUCACGCUCUGAACUGCUCAUCCAUGGUCGACAUUCAGCGCCCCGUUCCAGUGGCAUGUCCAUUUACCGCACUGCGUAUGCAAAAGAGGUGGCAAUGCGGGAUCCAGUGGUGCGGGAGCGGUGGGGUAACAAGCCCCCUGUAUGGGAAUACUGGCUGGGACCUGGUAUGUACAUUGGUAUCUUCAUCUCAGACGAAAUCGUCUCGUGGGGAUUCACGCCGCUCGACGCCCAAGGUGAAGCGACGGAAUCGUGGGAACCGGAUACCGACCCUGAAGAUAUAGUCAAGGAGAUGCUCAAGGUACCGGAUUGGGAUCCUGCCAUCCUUGCCUUGGUACGUACUGCGCCACGCGGCGUGGUCCACUGGCCUCUGCUCUGGAGAGACCUUAAGCGCGAUUGGGUUUCCAAAGGCGGCCGCGUGGUGCAGGUCGGUGAUAGCGCGCACAGCUUCACGCCCACGUCUGGCAACGGUGCGACACAGGCCCUCGAAGACGCGGUCACUCUUGCAGCUUGCCUUGAGCUAGCCGGUCGUGAUCGCUUGUCUACAGGCACCAAAGUCUACAAUCUGCUCCGCUAUGAGCGCGUCAGUUGUGCCCAGAAGAUGACGUUUGUGAACGCACAGCUGAAGACGGCCACGGACUGGGACGCCAUCGCCGAAGACCCUUCGAGGGUGCGUACGCGCUUCCCGAAAUGGAUCUUUAGUCACGAUCCGGAAGCGUAUGCCUACGAAAAGUUUGGUCAGGCGUUCGCACACAUUGUAGCCGGCGACAAAUUCACCAACUCCAAUUUGCCGCCAGGUCAUACUUUUGUGCCAUGGACUCUGGACGAGGUGGCGGCCUCAAUGAAGAUGGGAAGACGGGUAGAGGAUCUUCUAGACGGAGACUGGUCGUAAGGAGAAUCUCUACUCAGGUAGGUCAGUUGAGCUAGCUAUUUCGUUAUUCAGAUUGAAUCUUAUGCAAUUUC